CAAGUAUUCCUGUUCUGCCCAGCGCAGCUCCCACUCUUUUCAUAGAUCCAUCCACCUCUGUGUCGCCCUUGUAAUAACGAAGCAAAAACCUGUCCACUUGUCACGCGUCCUUCUUUUCCUCCUCUGGUCUUCUGCCUAGCCCGGCGCAUUCGCCGAUGUCGCAUUCUCGGCCUCGCCGGGACUGGGAGGAGGACCAUGGCGGUGCUGGUGGUGAAGACCGGCGGGGAUCACCGCAGGCGAAGCGACCGAGAGGCUGCUGCUCCUGCUCUUGCUGCCGAGAGAAAAAAGAUUUCUACGAGAGCCAAAAUGAAAUACUCAAGAAGGAAAUGGAAUGUAUGUCAAAGGGUUUCGUGGAGGAGCGCACAACCCUGCAGAAAGAGAUGCAACAAUUUUACCAAAGUUCCCAGCUGCAGCUCCAUGAACUGAUCACUGAGCAAGGCAGGAGGAUGCAAGAAUGUCACAAGAAUUUCCGGCUAAUAUGGGAACAGUUAAACAACCAACUUUCGAAGAUAGAAAAUUCUGGAGACCAUGUUCAGCAAUACAGUAAUCCCAGGACUUGCUCUGAUGAAGGCGAACAUAGAAAAUAUCGAAUGAAGUUUGAGAACAAAUGCUGCGAUACCCAGUACUCGAGACAAGACAUAAUGGCAGAUGAUGAUCAUCCUCUAAAGGUAGCUAUAUAUGAUUGUGAUAACAGGAUCAUUACAGAAGGACCCUUAUCCUCAAUUCAAGUUAAGGUUGUUGUCCUUCACGGUGAGUUUAACAAUGAUCAUAAAGAGCAUUGGAAGCGAGAAUACUUCCAUGAGAAAAUGAUAUCUAGCCGGCCUGGAAAACCACCAUUACUUUCUGAAGACUUGUAUCCAAGGUUGGAGGGUGGUAUGGCUAACAUCUAUGGUGUCAAAUUCCAAGACAAUUCAAGUUUUGUUCCAAGCAAAAGAUUCAGGCUCGGAGUCAUGGCUGCUGAUGAUAGUAUGUCAGAGAAGAUCCAGGAAGGAAUAUCUGAAUCUUUUGCCGUAAGGGAUCGUCGGGGAUUAUCAACAAAGAAAAAUCCCAAUCCAUCAUCACGUGAUCCUGUAUAUAAACUGAGUGGAAUUGCAAUGAAAGGUGAUCGGCACAAGUUACUAGAGCGUCAUGGUAUCAAGCAGGUGGCGGAUCUCUUACGUUUGCACAGUAAGAAUCCGGAAGGUUUACGUGAAAUUUUCGGGAAGAUUUCUGACCAUGACUGGGAUAAGAUCAUUAAUCAUGCUCGUAAAUGCAAUCAAGUAGCACAAAUAUACUCUACUUCCAUUCAGGAGAAUAAUGUGCCUCAUGAGCAUGAGCCAUUUUCUAAAACCAAUGACAGUAGUUACCUCAAAGGACCAUGCUCAAUGCAACCAAGUCCCACACCACAAAUUUCUCAAAAUCUUGCAGAACAAAUUGAUGCCCAAGUCCAUCACCAGCAAAUUGCUUCAAGUUAUAAUGGACCAUCAUCCGGUACAUCAUCGGAAAAUGCACUGCAGGCCUCCUGCUUGGCAGCAGCACCAGGGCUCACAUUCAUGAGAUCAGACCAGCACGUGAUGCCAUAUGGAGAACUUGGGGGCAUUCAAGCUACAGGCCAGCAAGUUACAUGCAUAGGAAGUGAGAUUCUGUCAGCUAGCACCAUGAAUAACAAUAUCUUAGAUGGAUCUAACUCAGAGCAAGUAGGGCCUCUGGAUGGCAACAUAAUUCCUAAUGGGAACAGACUACCCACUGGCAUUGAUCUUUCACAGUGGCUGGAUAUCCUGCAGAACCAGACAUUUGAUGACUCUGUAGUCACAGAAACUCCUCCUUGGGGAGUUUCCAACAAUGCACUUGAUUCGACUGUCUGCGAAGCUGGAAAUAUGCUUGAUUCGCCUUUCAGUGAUGCUAGUAUAAGCUAUGUGGGACAUUCACCUGUCAGUGAAACAGGCAGGGGACGUUCAUCUUUACCUUUCAGGGGAGCAAGCAGUAGAAGCUACAGGGGACAUUCUGCUUCGCCACUCAGGGGAGCAGGCACUAAAAGCUACCGGCGACAUUCUGCUUCACCACUCAGGGUAGAAGGCCCUAGAAGCUACGAGGGACAUAAUCCUUCACCUGUGUCGGGAGCAGGCAGUACAAGUUAUGCAAGUGCAGAUUUCACAGGCGGAGACAUCUUAUGGUAGUUCAGUAGGAGUAUGUUUGUGUGCAUCUACCGAUGCACAGGCCGGGGUACCUUCUCUAAAAAUAAAAAACGAUAAUGCAUGCUAGGCUGGAGGACAACACGAUUGCCCUCCUGCCAGUACUUGUUGUUAAACAUCCUGUACGUGGUCCUUAGAGUGACAGCCUAGAGAAGAUUACUUGUGCACAUUGUAAUAGGUAGUUAGAGGGAUAUUUCAUCUUGUAAUCAUAACCCUUAUCUCUACCUUUCUUUCUUCUCAAGUUAUAAUCUCU